AUGGCGGGGCUCUCGAGUGGAUCUUUACUCCAUUUUGCAGCUGACCCAAGCCUCGAACAGCAUCUUUCUGGCAUCGCCGUCUUCCAGCCCGCUGUCAUGGCUGCUACCAGGCCAGUCCUCCCCGGCAACAAGCCCCUGCAAGAGGCAGAUCCGGUCAUGUACGAUCUUGUCCAGCAGGAGAAAGCCAGGCAGACGCGAUGCAUCGAGCUCAUCGCAUCGGAGAACUUCACCUCCCGAGCCGUCAUGGAGUGCCUGGGUUCGGCCCUCACGAACAAGUACUCCGAGGGCCAGCCUGGAAACCGUUACUACGGUGGCAAUGAGGUGAUCGACAAGGUGGAGAACCUCUGCAAGGACCGUGCGUUGAAGGCAUUCGGCUUGGACGAGAAGGCAUGGGGCGUCAACGUCCAGCCAUAUUCUGGCAGCCCGGCGAACUUUGCCGUGUACACAGCCCUGCUGCCGCCGCACGCAAGGGUCAUGGGCCUGGACCUGCCAUCCGGUGGACACUUGACCCACGGCUACUACACGGCCAAGAAGAAGAUCUCCGCCACCUCCAUCUACUUCGAGUCCCUGCCCUACCGGGUGCACCCCGAGACGGGCUUGAUUGACUUCGAGGAGCUGCGAAAGACUGCACUGGUCUUCCGUCCGGCGAUGAUCUUGUGCGGUGCCUCCGCCUACCCUCGCAUCAUCGACUUCGGCAAGUUCAGAGAGAUCGCAGACGAGGUGGGUGCGAUUCUGAUGGCCGACAUCGCUCACAUCUCGGGCCUCGUUGCGACAGGAGAGCAUCCGUCUCCUUUCGAGCAUUGCGACAUCGUGACCACCACCACCCACAAGUCUCUGCGUGGUCCACGAGCUGGCAUGAUCUUCUUCAAGUACACGGACAAGAUCCCGGACAUCAAGGAGCGCAUCGACAUGGCAGUGUUCCCAGCUUUGCAGGGCGGACCUCACAACCAUCAGAUCGGUGGCCUAGCUGCUCAGCUGCUGGAGGUUGACAGCCCCAUGUUCAAGGAGUAUGCCAAGCAGGUCAAAGCCAACGCCAAGACCUUGGCCGACACCCUCAUGAGCAAGGGGCACAAGCUUGCUAGCGACGGCACAGACAAUCACCUGUUGCUUUGGGACCUGCGACCCCACGGCCUCACGGGCUCCAAGGUGGAGAAGAUUUGUGAGGCAGCGUCCAUCACUCUGAACCGAAACGCCGUACACGGCGACGCUUCGGCUCUCUCACCGGGAGGAGUUCGCGUCGGAGCUCCUGCUAUGACCACUCGCGGCUGCACUCAAGAGGACUUCAAGACCAUCGGCACUUUCCUGGACCGAUGCUGUCAGCUGGCACUGAAGAUCCAAGCCGAGAAGGGCAAGAAGUUGAAAGACUUCGAGGCAGCCAUUCCGAGCAACCCGGAGGUUGCCGCGCUGAAGAAGGAGGCAGGGCAGGGUGGAGGAGUGGGCCAGCAAGUUCGGAUACCCGGGUUGUGGCAAGGAGCCAUAUCACUGCGCUUGUCCAUGGCUGGAUUGAUUCGGCUUGUGCUAUCGCUGCCCCUCACCACGAGUGUCACGGCCUCGAAGCACAAGCAUCAGCAGCAUGAGCAGCAUGCAGUGACCUGGAGACUUAGCUACACCAAGGUCUUGCACCAUGGCUGCACGUUGAUACCUCACCGCCUGGAUAGUAAGUUCUUGAACUUGCUUCCUCCACAUCGUGAAUUGGAGUGGUCAGGGCGUUUGCAGCUGCGCGCGUGGAGCACAGUCACUCACGACAAUCAGUCGCACUACUUCCGAGGUCGGAGGAAGAUGACCAGUGCUCGCAUGACGAAGAUAAACAUGCGUGCUGCUUGCAGUGCCAAGACAGGUGAACUGUUUGUGGUUGCCUCUGUGGCUCAAAUCGGCUUGCUGACUUCAGUCGAGCCGUCUGACCAGCAGGAGUUCGACGACGAGCUCAGCGCUGCCGAGGGAGGACCAGCGAGCCUUCGAGACUUCAUCCUUCGAGGGAGAGCGCACGAGGCUCCUGCAGCGGCCGAGCGCAAGCGCUCACUGGUGCAGGUCAGUGACAGUGAGGAGAGCCAGGAAAGCCAAGGCCGUCAAAGACACGAUGCCAGGCGUCCCUCUGCCUCCCCACCAAGCGGCACGUCGCCGGCUAUGGGUUUGGCACCUUCUUGGCAUUCCGAUGCCUUCAGCCACCUCCGCAACUUUCUGGAUUCCGGCAGUUGGAAUUGCUGCAUGCUGGAGCGUUCCGCCCCUUUUGGCAGUGCCAUCCGCGAGCGCAUCCAAUUCAGCCGGUAUGCUGCGUGGCAGCGGCUGCGAAGUGCCUGCUCACAGGAAGGCGUUACCGCCCGCGGCUGGGUUUGCGCAAACUCUCCCAAGCAUGGUGCUCUCGUGCGGCUAAUUGCCGUGGAGCUUCCGGCCCCCGACGAGGUUUCGCAAGACAAGCCAUCUGGUGGGCCGACAACUUCACACCUACGCGAGAGUCCUCUGCCGUUGCAGGCUCCUGCUGAUGGUGAAGGUUUGCUGGCUCUCCUGUGCAGAGAGGAAGAAGCCGUGGCAGCUAAUGGAGGCACAGCUGACGGCAGCGUCACAGAGACUGUGCCGCCUCCUAUAGGGACGGCCGUCCGUGUUCGGUUCCUCGGUCCCGACACACUUGCACAGCGACGGCUGCUCCGCGAGGUUUCUGCGAGUUGUAGAGUCACGCUGGAUGCACACAGGGAUCCUGCCUGGAGCCCUUUGGCCUUGGGUCGGCUCCUUGGAGGCAUGGAAUCGGCCCAGUCCGGGCAAGAGCGGAAAGAGUGGCCAGAGGGCGGCGCAGCCCUGGCGCUCCGCACCGCGCCGAGCCAUCGGGCAGCUGCUGCAGAAGCUCGAUCCAGCCGUGGCCACCCCUCCCUCGCCUUGGCGCGGGAGCUAGGAAUCCGUCGCCUCCAUGGAAGUCUCGUCGAUCCUCGAACGGCGCCAGAAGCAGGCUCUCUUUCCAAGUCGCGUGGGCAUCGCCUGAGUCGGCAUCAGGGAAGGGCAUGGGCAGAUCGACGAGUCCGCGAAGGUCUUGGCAUGGCCCGCUCCGGUGAUCAGAAGGGGGCUCUGGAGUGGUACGACGCUGCACUGGAGCUUUGCCCCGCGCACAAGGAGGGCCUUGUGGCACGCGGCGCUGCGCUGACAAACCUCGGCCGCGCACGCGAGGCCCUCAGGGACUUCGAUGCCGCGCUGCAAAUCGAUCCAGAGAACGCCAAUGCUCUCAAGUACCGGGAGAUUGCACGCAAACGUGGGCGCGAGGAGCUGGCGGUGGUGGCAGAAGAUGCAAAGCGUCGUCGGGCCAACACGCGGUGA